AUGGCAACGAAGAACUUCGCAAAAGGGCUCGCCCCCCUCCGCCUCCAGCUCCAGCUCCAAGGCAAACCGACUGGACAUGGACAGCAUACACGACAUCUCAUCUACUCAUCGUCCCAAUGCAGGCAAUACUCAACUCCACCACCCUCUCAACCCCCCGAUGUGCCAACCCCCCAUCACAACGACCUGCUAUCCCAACUAAAUGCCUUCACACCACCACCACCACAUUCCAAUCACUCACCGCCUCCUCCUCCUCGCAACCAACGAAAAUCAAUUCGCCCCCUCAUCCUGGCCUCCGGCUUCCUCCUUCUGGGCCUCUCGGUAGGGAAGUUUAGCUCCGGUCUACUGGCGCCCCCUCCGCUCCCUAGCCCCGAGUCCCCCGAGGGCCAGAAGCUCACCACGGCCCUCCGUGCGGACGCCGAGGCGCUGCCGCUCGCCAAAUCGAUGGCCGGGGAGGAAUGGGAUUCGUGGGAUGCAUAUACGACGCCUGGGGGUGACGGCCUCGCGAACAGGUUGACGAGCGGACCGCUUGCAGGAUACGGGGGGAUUGGGUACCAGCGGGUGUUCUACAACAAGACGACGGGGGAGUAUGUUGUGCUCGCGUGGCUGGGACGGGGGCUGUCGGGGUGGCCGGGGGUGGUGCAUGGAGGCUUGUUGGCUACGCUGCUGGAUGAGUGUUUGGCACGAACAGGGAUGAGGGGGUUGGACGGAGGCGUGGGGGUUACAGCAAGACUUGAGCUGGGAUAUAAAAGGCCUGUUAAGAGUGCAGGGUGGUGGGUGGUGAGGUCGUGGAUGGAGGAAGGACCAGACAAUGGGACGAGCAAGAGGAAGGCGUGGGUGAAGGGGAGGGUGGAGGAUUUGGUAGGAUUGGUGUACACGGAGGGUCGGGCGCUAUAUGUGGUGCCGAAGAAUGUGAAGCUGGCCGGUCUGGGGGAUAAAUUUUAG